UUUCAAGACUCAUGGCAGAAUGCAGGGAGCGUAGAACAACUUGUUGCACUAAACUCAUUCAUGGACUUAAAGUUUAAUUUGUGAGUUUUGUGUUUUCUCUGCAGCGGCGUUUCAUGAGGUAAUGUAGGACGGUAGGCUAUAAUGUUAAUUCCAGUGGCAGCAUUAGCUUCAAGCCACGCUAGUUUUGUUUUUAAACUUUAACCUAGCAUAGUCUUGCUAGCGGUUUGUCAGCCGACUGCUCCUCGCACAAAUUGUGGAAAAACCAUGAGGACGGAGGAGCAACUUUACAUGGAGGGAGAGCGGGGCGGCUCAUGCGUCUCCUUCAAUGGGGCGGUGUGUUUUGAAGUGUCUCUGUAGUCCGCUGUCAGGGGGGCAGCGGUCCGACCGGCGGGGAGGGACACGGCGGAGCGACUGCUCCCGGCUGCCGUGCUGAAAACUGAACACAAACCAGACUACUUUGUCUUGAUAAGAGGGGAUGUACAGAGAUUAUGGUUUGGAAAGGCCUGCUGCUCGCUCGCCACAAACAAAGGGAAUAACGUGCAUGUCAUUGCUGUGGUUGCAGUGAUUGGAAACAAACAUACAGUGAACAGUGAGCGACGGAGUCAAUAACUUGAAGUUUGACUUAUUAGCUCUGACUGUAUGGCCACAGAGUAGCGCUGCCCACGCGCGCCAGCGCAACUUCAAACGCACACUGUUCACACGCACGCGCCCUCUUUGUUGUGAAGUUUUCUCUCCAUUGAAAGUUUGACUUUUUAAUUCCAGUUAUUAUCUGUUUGAGUGGAUGUAUGAGUAUGGUGGAGAGUCGGAGUUGUGUCCAGAGGGAGGGGGUGUACCGCUGGUUCAGCUCCCUCACAUCAGCCGAGAGAGCCGAGUUCCUGUGCGGCCUCCUGGACCUCUGCGUCCCCAUCGAGCUCCGCUUCCUCGGCUGCUGUCUGGAGGACUUGGCCCGCAAGGACUACCACUCCCUCCGGGAUGCAGAGAUCAAAGCCAACAACCCCGCCGACCUCUCGGGCCUUACCAACAUCACGGACGAGGUGGUGCGGAGCAAGCUGCUGGUGUCCCUCGCCCUGCUCGGCUCUGACAACAGGGAGGCUGCGGGGGUCCUGUACCGGACCCUGACUCACAUAGACUCGGUGAUCAAUAACUACGGUUUGGCCCUGAACGACGGGAGGACUGAGGAGCAGUUUCUGUUACUGUUCACCAUGGCCUCUCACCACCCUGCCUUCAGCUUCCACCGGAAGCAGGUGCUGAGGCAGCAGCUCGGCCACAUCCAGGACACCCUGCAGGUGAGCAGUGCAGGAGGAGGAGAGGCUCAGGAAGCUGCUGGGGAUCGAGCUGCCGCGUGUCACCCUCAGCCUCAUCACCCCCUCCUCCAUCUGACGGCCCCCCUGCCCCCCGCUGCUUCCCCCCUGCCCGAUGCCAGCGCUGCCUCCCUCCUGCCCGAUGCCAGCGCUGCCUCCCUGCCUCUGUCGGCCUGCCCCCCCUGCCACACACACUGCAGCUGCUGGCACAAGAGCCGGACCAGAGAAGCCGGCACAGUCUCAGGGGUCACCACGGGACGACGAGACCAACCUGUCAGCCAGGAGCUCAACCCUCCUCACCCAGACCUCUCUCCCUCCCCUCCCCCUCCUCCUCCUCCUCCUCCACCUCCUCCUCCUCCUCCUCCCCCACCACCACCACCACCACUUCCUCCCCAUCUGCCUCCUCUACCUGCUGGACAGGGCAAGGAUGCAACAGCUCCAACCAAUAACCACCGGGGACAAGAACGAAAAGUGGUGAUAGAGAAGGUGUUGCUGAGAGCAGUGACACACACAUCUGAGGAGCUGAGUGAAUACGUGUAUGAGGCCAGCUGGUCGGACGAUUUAGUUUCAUCCGUCAUCAGAACCCAGCAGGAGGUGACAGAGCUGCUGAGCCAGCUCUCAAAAGCAUUUCCCGAUGACGGAGUGGAGAACUUCCUUCCUAUGUCCAAAGAGCUGGACCCCAGGUGUCUCACAGCGCUGCCCUGCCAUGUCCUCCAGCACCACAGCGUCCAGCAGUUCUUCACCUCCACCCGGCCUCUCUCUCCCAACGGUCCUGCCCCUCUUCCUCAUGCCCUCCCUCCUCUACCUUCCUGCCUUCCUACGGCUCCUAUUGCCCCCACCUGCCCGUUCGCCUCCAGCUCUAAUCUCGACUGUAUGGUUCAGUACAGAGGAGCCAACAGGGCGGUGUACAGAGUGGCCAGCGUCCAGCCCGUCGUCAGCACCCACAGCUCUGUGUUGACUCGCCCCUCUCCUCACCUCUCCUCCCUCCCUCCUCCCCUUCCUCCCGCCAUUCCACCCCCUCAGCUGUCCUCCCUCCAUCCCCCUGUGCCAGCCCUUCCCUCCCAGUGCUCCAUGACCGGUGUAGGCGAUCCCUCCUCACCCCCACAUCCCCAGCACAGUCUGUCACACCUGUUCUCUCCUCACCACCUCCACCCACAGAGCAGCAGUCAGUCCAGCGCUCAGUCCCAUCAGCCGUCCCAUUCCCUGCCAGCGUCCCACUCACAUUCCCUCCCGUACCCCCAGUCCCACUCCCUGUCUCGCUCCCUGUCCCACCCACUGCCCCAAUCCCUGUCCCUGCCCAGCACCGCAGAGCAGAACAGCAUCCUGGACUGGCUCCGCAGGCUCCGGCUCCAUAAAUAUUACCCUGUGUUCAAACAGCUCACCAUGGAGAAGUUUUUAGCACUGACGGAGAACGACCUGAACAUGUACGACCUCACCCAAGGAGCGAAGAAAAAACUCAAGACCCAACUGGAGCUACAAAAGACUCAACUGGAGAUACAAAACCCAGAUAAUGUCCUACUGACACCAGGUCAGCACCUCCAGGUCCAGCACCACCGUGACCCCCUGCUCUGCUGAAAUACUAAUAAUUAAAAAAUAUCUAUGACCUAUUUUUUAUAUUAAUAUAAUUAAACAGAAUUGAAUACAGUUUAAUGACCUAGAGAUAUUCUAUUA